UGGAGGCGAUUGGGCAGAGCUGGCAGCAUCACAGAAGCCGGCCUCGAGGGGAUAUAACUUGAUACAACUUGGCACCGUGGCUAUCAUCUUCCGCUUGACACCAGGACCUCUGCUCCAAGCUUGUCAUUUCCCACUGUAUCUUCUCAGCGUGAAUCUUUGCAAAUCCUUGCCUUCUUGCAACGAUGUUCCGUCAUAAAUUUGAACUGCCGUUGUUGAGGGAUGGACAUCGGUCCGAGAAGCACCCAGUCGUAUCCAUCAUGCCACAUGCUGAUGACGACUCCGCCGUCGCCGAUCAUCCAUCAGCCACCGAGAAGGCUCCUCCCCAGGGAUUCAAUCUUCUCGGAGAUCUGCGCGAUGCGGCCCUGAACUCGACCCUCGUUGCUGGCGCCAAGGAUCUGAGAGACUCCACGAAGCGCGAAUUGGACACAAUCGGAGCCAUCGUGAAGAAAGAUGGGAGCUCGCGGGAUGAGAAGCUUCGAACUCUCCUGCACCACCUUGUCAGAUCUCGCAGGGAGGCCGAGUUGUACAAUGAUUUCGCAGACACGGCCGCCACGGAGGACUCCGAUCUCCUGCUCAGCUCAUUUGCCGCCCAGGUGAAUGAGAUUUCGGUUCCCCUCCGCAUGUUCGACCUGGACACGAUGAACAUGGUCGAUACGGGCUAUUUUAACGAAGAAGACCAUUACUGCAUGCUAUCCCAUAGCUGGAAAGGAGGGGAGGUUGAUUACGCACUCGUGUGCGAAGCUCAACGGGACGAAACAGCCCCCGGAUCAAACGAUAGCGACGUGACUGCGGUCCUCAACCUCUGCAACAGCAAAAUCAAGAAAAUUGCCGGUAGACUGGUGACGUUACUACAGGAAGGAUCGGCCCCCGGACAGCCAAUCCGGAAGCUGCUCGAGAAGUCUCUUGAGGCAGCCAGCUUAGAACGAAACCUGAACCAAAAAAAGAGGGAGCGAACCAUUGGAGUCACAAACAAGAGACAGUCGGAUCUGGAGGAGAACAACUAUCAAAAAUUAUUGGAUUUCCUUGGCGAGAUGAGAAUAAUAAACAGUCUAGAAAAGCGCAAAGGCGAGGCACAGGAGCAGGAAAGAAAGGCUUUAGAAGCGUGUGCCAGCGCUGAAUCAUCUUAUGAAGCCAGCAAGUCCGAGAUGGGAAGCUUCCGGUCAGACCGCAAACUAUCCUAUGCGAUCGACGACUUGUCAAAGGCUCUGCAGCAACGAAGAUCGGCACGUAAGCUGGAAAAGUCAAUCCAGCGUGCGAAGGAGGUGUAUGACACCCGGCCCUUUUCAAAGACGGGUAGAAGAUACAUCUGGCUGGACAACUGCUGCAUUGACAAGCGACAGGCUGCUGAGCUAUCCGAGUCACUGGCCCGCAUGGGGGAGUGGUACGCAAACGCCGACUUUUGCCUGGUGCAUCUGGAUACCAACUGGGACAACAACGAGUGGCUGGAUGAAUGGGAUUCGUGGUAUGAGAGCCAGCCCGAAGAGUCCCGAGUGGUAGAUGGUACAGCGAAUUCAGAUCACUCCGAAGAUGACCAAAAGGGGGUCAGUGCCGACCAAGCUGCAACACCUAGACGCCAGCCUGUGGCGCAAUUUGAGGACAUCCAGGACUGGAAGCCAGUAUGGGCUACCCGGGGCUGGACACUGCAGGAACUCGUGCUCAGCAAGAUGACCUUUUAUGUCAAUGCAGACUGGAAAUGGCUAUCGCGGCCGAUUGAUGUUUUGGGCACCUACUACCACUUUUGUCCUUUCGUUGACUUUUAUACGCGAAGUCUCCAUCAUGUUCAGAAUUGGGAGCAGCGAGACAUCGGAGCAGAUCUGGACGAAGUGAACGCUUCGAUGAACAGUGAGGACAUCGAAUGGGAGGAGGAAACCACGACCGCAACAGAGGGGAUCAAUGUAAAGAGCAUCAUCGGAGCUCUUGAGCUUUUCAAUUUCGUGGUACCCAAGCAAUUGGAAAAGGAAACGGCCAGAGCUCGGAUCAGCUACUCGGUCCAAGUUGCCGUCAAGGCAACUAUCGAUCAAUCGACCGACGAGGCGUCGGAAUACCGCAAAGCUAUAGACCUGAUAAUCGAAACGAUUUUUGCUGAUGUGCCCUAUGAGCAGCUCUACGUCGGCGUGUCUCGGGAAAAGCGAGUGAAACAGACGAUAGAUCGUAUUCUGGGAGCCCUUGCAAAAGCAACGAAUGAACUUAUUAGACAGGACCGCCGAAGUAUCGCCAAAUUCAGUAACGUCGAAGGCCUGAGCACCUGGGCUGAUGGCACAGAGAGGGACCGUUUCUCUGCCCAUAGCGUGAUGAUGUUGGCAUCACAUCGGGAAUGCACCAAGCCUAUCGACAAGGCAUACUCGUUGAUGGGUGUCCUUGGGGUGCAAUUCCCGUCAUUCCAUGCUGAAGGACUUACCAAAGCCCUUUCCCGACUGCUGGAUGAAGUGGUGAUCACCUCCCAUGAUGUUUCUGUGUUCAAUUGGACGGGCAAGUACAAUGGCAGUCCCUUGCGAGGACGGUCUCUCUAUUCGUCAAACAUUACCGCUUUCCAGACCGAAGGCGAGCGAGAUCAAGCGCGUCCUGAUGUGGAUGGCGAAGUCGUUCGUUUCUUCCGGGCUAAUCGCCUCAAACUGAAUAAAGUCGCCAGAGGCGUUACUAAGCUGCUGCGUGAGGCCAUCGAGUUCGUCACCGUGUUUAGGCCAGAAGAGGCUAUGGUCAACGUGCUACUGGAACUGGUUCAAUUCGUCAGGGAUCACGACCUGAAGACUCUGCAAAGCUGGUUGGGCUCGCCUGAGCUUGUUGCGGCAUUGGCAAGAGCCGGUGAGUUUGCCCAGGCAAAGACCAAGAAAGAGAAAGAGCAAAAGCAAAAGCAAAAGCAAGAUCUGCCGAAAGAUCAGGGAAGGUCUUGGGGGAAGUUUACCGCGCCGCUACCAGCCCUCUCCAAGGUGCCCACCUGGAGGGAAGAUCGUGCAGAUGACGACGACACCAAUAAUGAAGAACUGGGAAGCCUGGGACAAACAAUCCAGGACAUUGUCCCUCAAGCCUUAAGAGGAGACUUGAGAUGUGCCGAUGAAAACAAUGCCUUCUUGGCUGCCGAGCUUGAACCCCGUCCACACACGAUGAAGAACAUCACUAGGAGUGACGCGCGCGACCGGCCCAUAAUUUGUCCCAACCCCAUUGUCAUCAACAGUUCCGGGAUCAAGGGUGUGUUCGAUAUUCAGCGUGUCGUGGUGAAGCUGCUGCUGCCGGAUGAGCUUCGCACGAAGGUCAGAAACGCGGCCAGCGACGACGAGAAGAUCGACGGGUGGUGUACCAUCAGCACAGGAUUUGCUCUCACGAUGGUAGCAUUUUCCUGUGAGCGACACAUCCUCAGCAAGCAACUGGACCUGGGGGAUGUAAUCGACCGAACCGUCUUGGACGAGCCGGAUACUCAGGACAGAGAACUGAACACCCCCAAGCAGAAUUCGGCUCCAGGCGAUGCUUCAAACGAAACACCAAACACCGAAGGCACGCCAUCAGGUGCCAAUGGUGGUACCCCGACAGACAAGCCACGAUCAAGUAUGCAGGACGCAGACAGCUCAGGAAACGGCACCCCGCCCAAACUCGAUAACUACGGCCGUACGCUCGAACAGAGGAAAGUAUCUCGAAUGAUCGACUUUGUCACCGAGGCCAAUCUACACGCGAUAGCCGGUGAAUGGGUCCUAGCCCGGUUCUCCGGUGCAAUAGGAGCCAAAUGGUUCCUAUGCCGACUGGAAUUAGGAUCCGGCAACGAGUACUACGCCCGUCGCAUCGCCACCGACGAAUUGAACUUCGCCAACGCCAUUCCCGAAAAGGGCCUGGUUGAGUUCUGGGACACCUUCCUGCACGAUAAAUGGAUCACAAUGUGUGACAUCCUGAAACAUCACUUGGAUGCGCGAAAGGCCGGCAACUACGCAUCCUGGCUCCAUGACAAUCUCAUGGGAACUUCCGACAGCAGCGAGUCCAGCGACGACGAGGACGAGACGAACCAGAACUCCAUCAAGUAUGGCGGCUUAACCUCCACCGGAAAGUUCUUCAAAAUGGUCGGUUGGGGUCUCCGGUCUGCGUUUGAUGAGAUCUGGGCUCAACAUUUGGAUAAACAUCUUGAGGAAAAAGCUUUGGCGAAGGUGCCGCCGAUCCUUCAUGCCGCUAUAAAGGAUUUGGAUGCGGAUGAGGAUCUUUUUCCUGUGAUGUUUCACUCGGGGAGAGAUGUGCAUUUCUUCUAAAUUGGUCUCGGUCAAUGAUCUAGCCAGGUCGGUGCCAGCCGUUAGAUAUCAGUGUUCCGUCGUAGAUAGUGUGGUAGCUGUGUGCUUGGAAUUUUGUAAACUUUGAAUCCCGUUUAAGUGACGAACGCAACUUUCAUGGUUCCUUCUUUAGGGAUGUCGUCAGUAUCCUAUUGAAACUCGCUAAGCAUACAACAAUCAGGCCAGGGCCGAAAUAA